CCAUAUGGACGGGGACGGGGACGGACUCUCCCUCCCCUCCUCGGUCAAGCUCGCUUCGUGAUUUUCCUGUGGAUCGGUUGCCUUGCUUCUUCCUCCAACGGGGACGGGGAAGCGCCGCCCAGAUCGACGGAGGCGCCCGGCGACCUCCCCAACUCCGACCAGGAGAGGCUUCUGCAAUCGGCGCAACAUGGAGUGGCUGAGCUGGAGAACGGUGUGCUUAUCGGUGCUCUGCGCCGUGCUGCUCCUGCGCCCGGCCGCGGCAAUCCGCUUCGUGAUUGACAGGGAGGAGUGCUUCUCGCAUAACGUGGAGUACGAGGGGGACACGGUCCAUGUAUCCUUUGUUGUGAUCAAGGCCGAGACCCCGUGGCAUUACAGCGAGGAAGGUGUCGAUCUUGUGGUUAAAGAUCCUAACGGCGCUCAAGUCCACGACUCUCGAGAUAAGACUAGUGAUAAGUUUGAGUUCAUAGUUCAGAAGAGAGGUGUCCAUCGUUUCUGCUUCACCAAUAAAUCUCCGUAUCACGAAACCAUAGACUUUGAUGUGCAUGUUGGCCAUUUUUCAUAUUUCGAGCAGCAUGCCAAAGAUGAACAUUUUGCACCACUGUUUGAGCAAAUUGCCAAGUUAGAUGAGGCGCUUUACAAUAUUCAGUUCGAACAGCACUGGCUGGAGGCCCAAACUGACCGACAGGCAAUAUUGAACGAGAACAUGAGCAGGAGGGCAGUCCACAAGGCGCUCUUCGAGUCAGUGGCCCUGAUCGCGGCCAGCGUCAUCCAGGUCUAUCUUCUGCGCCGGCUCUUCGAGCGCAAGCUGGGGUCAUCUAGGGUGUAACACUCUAGUAGCCGCUCCACCCAUGUAGCCAAGAUCAUCCCAACAUGACCUGUUAUACCGGAUUGAGUGGUUGCUAGAUCUGCUAAUACACUACUUGCUUGUGGACUCCAGUUACAUGUAAUCUUUUGUGAUUGCACAGAUGGUAACUCUGAAAGUUCAAACUGUCAAUUUAGCCUUCAUGCUACCUCCACA